GUAUGGUUAAGCGAUUCUUUUUAAUGGAAAAUAGGUUUUUGAUAGUUUUAGAAGAGUUUAGAACAUUUGAAACUAAGAAACAUAAUUUGUCGAGUCUAAAACAUAUAUUUUCUAUUUUUGGCGGAAAUAUAAGCAGCGAGCGAGUUAUAUUUGUGAAGUGGUAGAUCGCCAUUUUCUUCACGCAUACAUACGAUCAGAUAAUUUGUCAGUUCCCUUAUGAAAUAUAAAAUAGUUUUAAGUGCAUAACGUUAAAGUGCUUCACAACUAUUUUGUAUGCUUUAUAAUGAGGACUUUUACUGUUGGGAUUAGGAUAUGCUGGAACAUUUAAACUCAAAGUUGCUAAAUAAUGGCACAAUACUUUGAGGUUUUAAGUCAAAGAGAGAGCAGCGAACAAAAUCGGCAUUUUUUUAGCACCAGUGACGAAAAUCAGCAAACCCAGCAAGUGAGAUAUAUUUUAGCUGAUGAAUCCCAAACAUUUCAACAACAACAGUUGGUUCAGUUAUCUGGUGAUCAGGUAAUGUUAGUUGAUGGUUCUCAACAGCAAGUACAACAACUUGUUAUUGAAUCAAAUCAGUUAACAUAUCAACAAACACAAAAUCAAGCGCAACCCUUUAUGCAGAUGUCUAAUGCUAAUGCACAGACGCGACAGAUAUUUUAUAUGGAGUCCAGCGAAGUUCCAACUCAAGAGAAUGUUCAAACUGUUAUUGAGCAGACACCAACAAUGCAACAGGCUCAGGCUCAACCAAUUGUGCUGAAUCAUCAAUUAGGGGCAUCUUCAAACCGACAAACUAGUGCUCAGAGGCCGCUUUUAAUACGAAAUAAUUCCAGACCUACUCAAAUUAACAUGGCAAAUCAACCUGUAACCAAUCCCCGAGCUCCAAUACCUCAACAGGUGACAAGAUCUUCUGCCGUUCAAAUGAGAAAUAAUGUAGCCAAUCCGCUGAGAAUGAGGUCCCCUUCUUUACCUCAAAUUAGAACACAGCAACCAAGAUCAGUAAUGCAGCAAAGGAGUGCAGUUCUUGGUAUAGUGGCCAAAGAUUCAAAUUUAGUCUCUCAAGAACCACAACUUCAAUCUUCUUCUCCACUUCCUUCCUCUCCAACAGUGCUGAAGCAAGUUCAGAAGCAAAUAGGGGAUUUCGAACAUUCUCAAGACAAAAACUCAGAAUCACCGAGCUCCGGGGUCUCUCAAGAGCAGCUGCUUUCUUCUCAGAUUGUAAAACCAGAUUUUCAGAAGCAAUCUCCAAUGAAAUCAGAAAAUGUUGAUGAGUUGGAUGAUCAUGAUCCUUCAAUGAAUAGUAAUCCUGCUCAAAUGGCUAACUAUAAAAGGAUUCUUGAACAAAAGCAGCAAAUGACAAAAAUGGGCCUUUUAUCCAGACUUCCAAGUCAAAUCAAAAUCACCCAAACACCACAAACGACUCCUCAACAGCAAAUAUUAAACCAAAUUGCUGAAUUGCCACCCCCUCAAGAACACCAACAACAGUCACCAAUGUCAUCCCAGACCUCACUGCCCCAACAACAGCAGAUACUGCAAACAGGAGGCCCAGCAAGUUUCCCUGCAACUCCACAGCUCCCUCAACGCAAGCCUAGAGCACCAGCGCGACCGCGGAACCAAAACGCUAUGCCAAGAAACAGCGGAGCUGCAAAACCCAAAGCACCUCCAAGGACGCCACAACCCUUACAUCCAUAUCCAAGAGCAAUGGGUCAACAAGCAAGGUUCCCUUUGAAUCAACAGCAGCAACAGUUAGCAAACCAAGGGCCAGUUAGAAAACUGCUAAACCAGCCUCAAAACCAGGUGGCAUCUCAGAAGAUGGCCCAACAGCAGCAGCAGCAGCAACACCAGCCCCAACAACAACAGAUAAAUGACAUUCAGCAACAACAUGCCGCCGCCCCUCCACAAUCUCAGAUCAAUUACCUUAUACCACCCCCCACUCCUAAUAGACCCAGACAACAACGUCCUUUACCAUCAUACAUACCGUCUAGUCAAAUUCAACAAAUAAUUGAAAAUACUCCAUUAACAGAGGAGUAUUCUGACUCAAUUAGGAUGCUGGUCCUAUUAGAAAAUGGAGAACAGAGAUUGAUUACGUUCACUUUACCAAAAGAAGCUUGCACAAUCCAGGAGAUUCUUGAGCAGGUCAAUGUACCUUUCACUCCAGAAACAAAUAUUCAAGUAACAGAAGCAAAUACCAAUGGAAUUAAUUAUAUUGUCACAGUUGGAAAUGUUACCAACUUUGGGUAUGGCGAGGACGAAUGUCAAGAUAAUAUUGAUCCCUCCCAGUCUCCUCCACCUGCGCCUCUGCCCCCUAUUGUUUCUGAACAGCAAGAAAUGAUCAAGCCUGCUUCACCGGAGCCUCCAAAAGAACAGCCGAAGCUGGUACCAGGAAAACUAGCUGUAUGUUCAUAUUGCGGAUAUACUGGCGAGGAUUUCAAUAGAUGCGCGAGAUGCAACCGGAAAUUGCCCGACAAUGUGAAAUCUAUCGACUCGCCUUUAAAAAAUAAUGGUCAGAAAUUCAGCUCGGCAGAAAAGAAAUCGCUUAUUGGUUUAUCUCCUUCAGUACCAAAACCGACGACUCCAAUUAAAAAGAAGCCUACAAAAGCGAAACCAAUGGAUAAUGAAUCGGUGGUGAUAAGUUCUGAUGAGGAAGAAGAUGAGAAAAAAUCUGCAAAAUCAGUUAGUGAACAACUUUUGAAAAGUUUGGGGGCAUCUGUGACAAUUAGUCCUGUAACAAAAGAGCCGUCUUUGACUGAAAUGAAGAAGCACAUUUGCAAAGAUUUGCCUGAGACAGUUAAAAGUCUGACAAUGGUUUUGAAAUGUCGAACAGUGAGAGUUGGAUCCUAUCGUUUUGCCCCACCCGAGGAGAUUAUAAUUGAUUCUCGAAGCGUAUCAAUAAAGGCCCCUCCUGUGGGUACACAUGGAGAAUUCGUUACCCUAACAAUUAAUAGAUCUGAAAUAGUGAAGGUGCUGGUCAGUUUUAAUAAGGGCUUACCUGUCGUUUUUUAUUAUCUAAAUGUGGAUGCUGCACCAGUGAUUAGGGAGCUCCUCAAUCUCCAGUUAGAAACCGGAUUAUAUUACGAUCCAAUAUCAGAAAAGGAUGAGUCUUUCAAAAAGAUAACAUUGCUACCCGACGAGUUUCUUGAUGAACAAAAAGCAAUUUUCCAACAAAUUUACGGCGCUCAGCCUUUUAAUAUUAUGGAUGAACUUACAUCUAAGGAGGCCAACGAUAUUUUACUUAAAACAUGUCCGAAGGAUGGGAACUCCUGCUCUGCUGGAACAUAUACGGAAAUAAAGCAAAUAUUGUUUUAUCCCCCUGAAGGACCCGCAAGACUUACGUUAAAUACUGAAGAUUACGUAUGUUUGGCUGCGGAUCAAUUUCUAAACGAUAAAAUAAUCGACUUUUAUCUCAAAUAUCUAUGGGAAAAUCUUCCUCCAGAGACGCAAAGUAAAGUGCAUAUUUUUUCUACUUUCUUUUACAAAAGGUUAACUACAAAGCCAAGUAAAGCUAACAAAAAAUCUCUUCCCCAUGAAGUUGACCCAAAUUUAACUGCUGCAGAAAAAAGACACUCUCGAGUCAAAAAUUGGUCAAAAAGGACAAAUUUAUUUGAAAAAGAUUUUAUUGUGGUGCCAAUUAAUGAAAAUGCUCAUUGGUUUCUUGCCAUAAUUUGUUUUCCAAACUUGCAGGGUAUGCAAACAUUUGAUGGCAAACCUUAUGUUAUUGAUGUCAAACCAAAGAAAGGCAAAAAGCAUAAGGCAGAAAAACCAAUCCCGUGUGAUGAUCCUUUAUUAAGUGACAAAGAUGAAGCAGAAAGUGAAGCUAGUGACCUAGAGUCCGAUGAUUCGGAUUCUUCAACCGCAUCCGCUGCUGCAACUAACAUUGCUGCAUCAGUUAGUAUAACCCCCCUCCCUAGGGUUAAAAAACCUGAGAGACCUCCAAUCAAACAGCCUUGCAUUUUAAUAUUUGAUUCAUUAGCAGGACCAAGCAGGUCACGUGUUGUCGCUACGUUGAGAGAUUAUCUGACUGUUGAAUACAAGAACAAAAUUGGAGAAGAGAGAAUAUAUAAUAAAGAUUCAAUUAAAGGCUCUGUGGUAAAAGUACCACAACAGACAAAUUUUACUGACUGUGGUUUAUAUUUAUUACAAUUUGUUGAACAUUUUUUUAAGAGUCCUAUACAAGACUAUUACAUACCAAUUAAAUCCAUCAAAACCUGGUUUGAGGAAAUUACAGUCACUAAAAAGAGAGAGGACAUUGCAAAUUUAAUUAAAGAAUUAAUGGACAAGAAUGGAGGAAAUCUAAAACUUUUGCCAGAUAUAAUAUUGCCUACAAUGAAUGGGAAGUUGAUUGAAAAAACACAACAAUCUGAAGAGGAGCAUGAAAGUGAAGAUAUGUUUACAGACAUUGAAGAUUCCGAAAUGACCGAUCCAAAUUUGGCAAAUUCUUCUCUUCAAUUAAAUGAAAGUAGUGAGAUGUGCCAAUCAGACGAGUCUUCUGUGGCAAACACUGAUGUUUCUUGUUCCCCUAUAAAACCUUCAAUUGAAAGUGUUAGUGAUAAAGGUGACAUUGUUGCCACUGUGAUGAAUUCAAACUUGCUUAGACCUACAUUUAGUGAAUUUCCUAGGAUUACAAACAAAGACACUUUAAAUUAUUUAAAAGCAAAACGAAUCGUGCGGCAUAAGCAAGCUGAGGGUAGUCCAGAAAUAAAAAAAAUAAAAUUUGAAAACAGCACCAAAUAAUACUUGAUUGCAAAUUAUACAACCUUUGUUAUAAGAAACUGUUUUAAUAUUAAAUUGUAAAUGUAAUUUUUUUAUUUAUGCGAUUUACCUUACAGUUUUAAUUGGGUGAGAAAAGAAAUGUUUAUGCAAUACACAAAUUGAUUCUUUUGGUCAUUUUGGUUAGUUGUUUAUUUUGUAUUUAGAAUGUAAAUGCGAAAUUUAAUUUGAAAUAAAAUGGUUA